AUGGCGAUCUGCGAGCAGCGUUCCCCUUUGGGCGGCUUUGGAAUUUUCGCUGCCAAAGAUUUCUUGCCGGGUGACGAGGUCUUUAUGGAGGAACACUUGGCGCGGCUGGAUACAACGAAAGCUUUGGAUGAGCAGGAUAAGCUUUCCUUGAAGGACAAAUUUGACCUGUUAGCCCUGGACAGCGACGGGCAGACCCUGCAGGCCCUUCGUGAGCAUUCCUUUUUUCGUGGACCACCUGAUGCCUUGGGAGAGGAGCGGCGAGCUGCCUUUGACCGCUGGGCCAUGGAUACCUGGCCGGAAGCCAAAGCGGAGCAUCAGGUGGCAAUGGCUGAAGCAAUGACCAUCAUGUCGUACAACUCCUACAGCUGUGGCAGCGGCAGUGAUGGCCAGUUGCUAUACCCGACCAUUUCGAAAGUGAACCAUUCGUGCACAGCCAAUGCGACUACGAUCACAAACGAGGACUGCGGACAGUUGAUUUGUCUUCUACCCAUUUCUGCGGGUGAAGAGAUUUUCUCGAGCUAUCUCUCUGAUGUGGAUCUGAUUCGGCCAAUUCAACAGCGCCGAGAGAUUUUGUCAAAAGGAUGGGACUUUCAAUGCAGCUGCCCUCGUUGUGAGGCUCUAAAGGACGACACGCGGCGCUUCAGCUGCCAUGCCUUGCGCAGUCCACCGGAGCCGUGUGAGGAGCAGCCCGAGGAGCUGAAGAGUGAGUGUGCUGGGGCCUGCCUAACAUCUAAUGGAGUGCUUCUCCCUUGCGACUGCUGCGGUUUUUGUCCGAGUGAGAGCUCGUGGCUUCAGCGAGAGGAGGAGGGGGAGGAACUGCUAGAGGCAUUACCAGAAGGGAUGUACACUGCCUGGGCCAAGAUGGAAGAGUUUGCAGCUGCACAUCCUUUGCAUGGCCUAUCUGGACGCUGGAAGAAGCAUUUGGCCUACCACACCGAGAAGGAGCUCAAUGAAGCUGAACCUGACGAGGUGUCGGAGCUAACAGAGGAUUUGAGCAAGUACUGGAGCCAACACUGGAGGCGAAACGAGCAACACUUGGUGGUAAGAAGAGAUUCCAUCCAGGAAGCUGAUACCAUGAUCGUCCAGAUCCCGGAUGGCGCCAAAGCUGGAGAUGAGCUGACCAUCACCACCAACCAAGGGCAGGAACUGACGGUGACCAUCCCAGAGGGUGCCGUUGCUGGCGAAGACCUUGAGAUCCCGGUGCCCAUGGUGCCCAGGUCACGGCAGGCAGCGGUCAGCAAGGGAACGGUCGAGUCUAGCCUUGGAGAGCCGUCCGAUAAUGACCGACUAGCACACUUGGCGCUUGCGGGCUAUCCUGCAUUAUCUGCGGAAGCGCCACAAGCCAGUGCCUAUCAACUGUCUAGGCCGUCUGCGAUGCCAGCAUUCCCUCCAACUUCUGAGGGUGGGCCAUCUGCACCGGAGACCACCGAUAUGAUGCAGGCGAGACAGGAAGUGGAGGCAGAGCUUCGCGCACGUCAGACCGCCAUGGAUGCAGUGGGAAGAGGUGGCGAUUCUGGAGUUUCGACACCAGAAACCCAGCUGGGCAUCAAGAAGGAUCGUGACUUUGUGCGCCGGAACCUGCCCAUGAACUUGCAGCAGGGUCACCCAGAUGAUUUCAUACCACCGGGUACUACUGGGUACCACCGGGUAGGUGGCCAAGGGUAA